ACGCGGGGGCGCGCACGUCCACGCUGCCGCUCGCUGGCCUUUUUAUUUAUGUUUUUCAACUAUGGUUCACACGUGCGUCGUGGCCGGCUGCAGGAACCGCAGGACGCCCGGAACCUCGCUGUCGUUCUACCGGUUCCCCCGAGACCCCGAGAGGAAGCGGCGCUGGAUCGCCGCCGUGAACCGACGCGGCUGGGAACCGAACGACGGCAGCCGGCUGUGCAGCACGCACUUCAUCUCCGGUAAACAGGUGAAGAACCCGCGUUCUCCGGACUACGUCCCGUCCGUGUUCUCGCCGCCGGCCAACCUGGAGGUCCCAGACAAGCAGGAGGCUCGCGUGGAGGCGGCCAACGCCUUGCUGUCCCUGCAGGGCCAGGGCCGGUCCGCGGCGGGGGAGCAGGUCCAGGGGGGGAGUCCAGAGGAGAAGGCUGCCGCUGAGGAGAGUGGGUCCUCCUCCUCCUCCUCCACCAGCAGCGACGAAGACUACAACGAAUCCAUGAGCGACAGCAAGAGGGGAAAGUUUUCCCAGACGUCCGACGCGGCGGUUCAGCUGGACGACGUCCUCCAGGCCCUGAGGAAGGAGAACCAGACCCUCAGGGAGUCUGUGGACAGGAUGUCCCUCUCGGAGAACUCCUUGAGGAACGACGCGGAGAAGGUGAAGUUCUACACCGGCCUGCCAAACUUCUUCGUCCUGGAGACGGUCAUGUGGCUGCUCGCGCCUCACAUGGACGGGAUGAAGGCCGCCAAGCUCUCCAAGUUCCAGCAGCUGCUGCUGACGCUGAUGCGCCUGCGCCUGGACCUGCGCAACCGUGACCUGGCCUACCGCUUCGGCGUGAAGGUCGGCACGGUGGCCAGGACGGUGCACCACAUGGUCACCAUCAUGUCCUCCAGCCUGGUGCCCACCGCCGUCUUCUGGCCCUCCAGGGCCGAGCUCCGCAAGAACCUGCCGGCGGCCCUGCGCGCCUCCCACCCGGACUGCGCCGUCAUCGUGGACUGUUUCAAGGUGCCCUUCGAGGAGCCGGUCUCCCGGGGCAACCAGGGGCAGCAUCGCCAGCGGGUGGACCCAGGCUCUCCGGGCGGGGGCGCGGGCCCCAACGCGUUAAAGUACCUGAUCGGCGUGGCGCCCCAGGGCGUCGUCACCUUUGUGUCCCGCGGCGUGCUGGGAAACGUCAGCGACAAAUCCCUGGCGGAGGGCUGCGGCUUCCUGUGCAAGCUCCUCCCCGGGGACGUGGUGCUGGCCAGCCGCGACCUCGACAUCGACGACGCCGUGGCCGCCAGGGGGGCCCGCUUUAGAGCGGCCGCCGCCCCCUCGGAGGCGGCCGGCGUGCGGAGGCACGUGGAGAGGGUGAUCUCCGUGGUGAAGCAGCGGUACGCCAUGCUCACGGGCCCCGUGGAGAGCCCCUUCACCGCCGUCUGCGAGCGCACCUCCAACCUCUCCACCUUCGAUAGGGUGGUGCAGGUGGCCUGUGCCUUAAACAACCUGUGCAUCUCUGCUGCUCCGCUGGAGUGAGCGCCGCCGAGCGCCUUCCUGCUGCUCGCACCAGUUCCCUUUACCGCUUUGGACCUUGUGAC